AGGAGGAAGAUGCAGCGUCCAGAGAGGAUACGCUGAGGACUUUUUUUUUUUUUUUUUUUUUAAGAGUCCUUAUUGAUGUGAUUCUGGUCCGAAAUGCUGUGAUUACUCGCGUUGCUUAGUGCUGGGAUUAUUACCGCCACCCCUCGGGGUAUUGGGUCAUCAUUGCUUCUAUUCCAGCUUUGGCUGCGUUUUGUUUGUUUAUUCGGAUCGUUUGAUGUGAUGUCGGCCGCUCGCGCUCCGUGUCCUGACAUCACGUCCGACAAAAUGUAGCUCCAGGUUGUUUUGCUGUGGUGGCUUUGUCUGCAAAAGGUGUUGCUGUCCGAACGAUGCGCGAAAGAUGUCUGACGUGGAGAGCACGUAUGCGGACUUCAUCGCCUCCGGCAGGACGGGCCGCCGGAACGCCCUGCACGACAUCCUGCAGAGUCCCACCGACCCUGACGGGCGAGAGCUGCCCCUCACCCUGUCUCUGUCCCAGCUGCACAUCAACGCUGGAGGAGGCGAUGAAGAAGACGCAGAGGACAGCCACAGCUCCUCCGCCUCGGCCCAGCGAGACGCAGAGCAGAGGAACAGCUAAGCUCCCACGUCCCCCCUCCAGUAGACGGAGCGCCGCGGGACGGAUUAAAGUCUCCGUCACAGUGGACCUGUUUGCUCGUAGCGGCCCGGCGGCUGGAGGCUAGGACCGUCGGCGUGGAUACGCCUUCAAGCAGAGCCUUCGCCCCUGCUGAGGCGUUGAGAUGCGAUCGCUCAGUGCUUCCUGGGAAGUGGAACGACUGAUGCUUUUCAGAGUCAGAAGUACACAAGUGGUAGUUUUAUGGGGUUUUUUUCUUUUCAUACAAAUUUUGCUGUCAGUCUCUGUGGUCCAACACACACACACAUGCUGAAGGACUAAAAGGAGAGAGAAAAUGGAGCUCUGCAAUAGUCAGAGCAGUUUGUAGGACCGCUGAGACAUGCUGGUAUAAUGGGUCACAGUGGGAGUAGCAUGAUUGUAGAAGCAGUGGUGCUGGUAGAGGCUGUAUAUUGCCAGUUAAUGGUUUGUGCUUCCUUUGAGCCGACGUUAAGGCAGAGGGAUAUGGACUCAACUGUAUCCGAAUUGAAACACGGAGCUUUGGAAGUUCAAUUCAUGCCGAAUUGUUUCCGCAGAGAACGAGAUGUUCCAGAAGAAGGGUGACAUGACGCGUCCUUUAAAAUGCGUAUCUUUAUUUUUUACACGUUUACAGUAACAAUGCAAGUAUUAUCACAGCCUUACAUGAGUAGUUUGUCCGGUUCGGAAAUGCGUUUAUUCAGUUUUGUGUUGCGUUAGAGAAGAAGAAAAGUCUCAUUGUUUUUGUCAAAUUUUGGAGAAGAAUCAAGCUCAUCGGUUCACAAAAGCAUAAAACCGCCACUGCUUUCACAUUUGCUUGAAGAUAAUAUAUCUGGUUACAGGUGUUGUCAGGUCAAGGUUCGGUCUCAUUUAAUUUGAAAAAAAGAGAAAAAUCAUCAUAAUAAUACAAUAAUAAAAAAAUACUUUUUCACCAUUUAUCCUGUUUAUCAAUAAAAAAAUAUGCUUUUUUUUUUUUUGCAAAAAUACUUCUAUAGUGCACAGAAUCACAAACACACUUUCAACUUUUGAAAAACUAAUAAGGCCGCUGCUCCUGUGUUACUGAAUAGAAAUGAGACUCAGGGAAGUCAUUUUGUGUGCUAAAAACAUCUUAAUCCAUAAAAAGGGCUAAUCUGUGACCUUUUAGGUGCUGACAGAAAGUUAAUUAUGCAACUAUCUGUGGUUGUGGCUUCGCUUUUCAAUACAUGUUAAUUUGGUUAUAGAACUUAUUGAUAUUCUUAGUUCACAAAGCUAAAAACUGCUUAUUAAAAGAGACAAAAUGCCACUGUGGUGUGUAGACAGACCAUAAAUGGAUUAGAGAAUUGUUCUUGUUUAUGUAUACCACACUUGGAUUUAAUGUAACCCAUUAAAUCCGAGUGGGGUCAGCUCUUCUUUUGCACUUCAAUACCGACUGACUACCGUUUCAACCCAAGGAGUCGCCACCUACUGGCAGUAAGGAGGAAUGCACUUUCAGGCCCGCCUGUUCUACUGCCAGGUUAAAUUAGAAACGUUACUAUGUUCCUCUUUCAUCCUUCGAGUUCUUUCUUUGCAUGUUUUUUUGUGUGUUUGUUUUCUCUACCGAUUUGCACAAUAAAAGUUACACAUACCCAAACAGCGGCUAUAAAAAUAAACACUUCCUUAUUCCUAAUAGGUAAUAAAACACGAUGUGAUUUUUCUUCUGACCUUUGAGAUGCAAUUUACUUUAUUAGUCAUAUUUACAGCCAGAUCGUCUUUCCUGGUAUGAUACUGUCCACACAUUUUGAUUGGCCUACAGUGUUUUUCCUUUCUUUUCACCCCCCCCCCGGUAGUUUAUAUCCACUUGUUUCCUGGUCCAAAGAGCAGCACGUUUAAUUUUUAUUAUUUUAGAGGACAGGUGCAGAUGACCUCAGCUGCAGUGGUGUCCCUCUUUUCUUCUUCUUCUUCUUCCUCUCAGCAGUAAGCGUGGUGGCCCAAAACCGACAAACUACUCCUAAAUGUAAAUAUGCAACAGUCAGCAGAUCUUCCAGGAACACUAACUUGUGUGUGUUUGUGCGAAUGUUUAGCUGAAUCGCAUUCCUGCUCAUUUGUAUAAAAAUGUGAUACUGUCUCAUUAUUUGUAUAAAUUAAUCUGCAUGUGUCCUUCCACUCCCACACACACCACAGACACCUCUGCUUCACUACAGCUUCAACUCUGACUCCUUUACCACGACAAUACUGUAGAGAGCAAACAUACCGUAGCUCUCAUGUUGUUUGAUUUGUGAGCCAUUUCUAAUUCUGCUCGUCGUAAUUCCACAUGUAGAAUAUUUGCAUGGUUUCCUCUUUCUGUCUGACUCUCUGUAAGUAUAUUUUCUAUUUCCUAUGUUAAACGAAGUUUAAUAAAUGACCAAGAAAAGAAAAGAGGAGUUUUGGGGAGAAAGUUA